AUGUAUGGAAUAAGAAUCAAAGCCCUGCUUGGAAGAACUGCAUUGGAUGCGCCUACGAUAAGCGUGAGGUAAGUUCUGUGAAGCAGGUUAACACACAUUUCACAAUCACUCACGGAUUUGGUCGAGAGCUCUGAUUUGUGAGAGUUUAGACCUCCGAAAUGGCGUCAAAAUGUUUAAAACUUUAGUGGAACUGCGAGUUGCACUCCAGUUGUUUCAUUGCAGCGUAUCAAAGAUGUUCACGUUAUCUCUGUGGUCUGUAAGAGUAAAGUCAAUGGAAAAUUGUUGUUUAUUCGCCAAAAUAUUCAAUAUUUUGUAUCAAUAGAGAUGUUGAACGUGGCAUUUAAAGCAAAAGGAAACGGUAGAGAUCAAAUCGGCUAUUGAAUUCGCUUUUGCCAUUUUCGGAGAUAGCUAGUACAUCGCUUAGGAGUGAAUAUGUUGCAUACGUUAGCGCUAGCGUUGGAAGAAGUCGGACGCGUCAAAGCUACUUGCGAUCGCUUUUCUCAAGUUGGUGCUUUUGAUACUGUAAUUUCCUGUGGUACCUACCCGCUUUGACUAGCUGUAGCUACUUGCGGGUAGUUACAUCUGCACUGUCAUAUUCUAAUGAUAAAGUUGUUGUUGUUGUUAUAUGUUUUGCAUUUCAGAGUGGAGCCUGACCCAUCAAAGGCUGUAAAUCUUAACGUCACGUUUGAUUCUAAUGCGCCGUGUGUAGUUGGAGAGUUGUUACCAAGUAAGUGAGACCAUUAGAUUGACAGUAGUCUGGUAGGACUGUUGCGCAGGUAAGUGUAUCCCAAGCAAGCAAACGGGUUUCCAGUUUUUCCGUCAAAACUUGCGCUUUCCAUAGGCUGGAUUUCCGCCGCUAUCUCGGGUCCUGUCGAGGUCGCAAGCUCAUUAGGGAGCUUAAGCAACGACGACGGCGACGUCGACGAGAACGGCAUAAAACAAUAAGGUUUAGAUCGGCAAAACAACAACCUUGCGCGUACGUCAGCCCUUUAGAAUUCAACUCCUGAAAAAUUAGCCAUCAUUUGACAAAUUAAAUAGUUGGGUUAAGAGCAAUGAAGUUUGAAACAGCGUGAAUUCACGUUUUAGGUGAUGUUUUCUCCAUCGUUGGCGUCGUCGUUGCUUAAGCUCCCUAGUUACCGAACAGCGACUGAUAAUCGAGUCUAGACUACGAGUAGUCCCCAUUUUUCCUCAGGGAUAGUAGAGCGAGCGAAACGCGAGCGCGCGUGAAAAUCACCCCACGCGAGAGAGGCGAGACGGGGCUACUGACGGGUUAAGACUGCAUUGCAGGUCAAAUACUUUGUCUAGUGACUCUGCAUUUUAACCAUUUAAUCCCCAAGAGUGACCAAGAUCCAUUUUGUCCUAACAAUAUCAACACAUAAUCAAGAGAAACGGUUAUGAGAAUUUAGAUAAUGAUCAACUAAGGGAAAAUGCUUUGAUUUUUUCUCCACUUUCAGCAGCAUCUGACUGAUAUUAGCUAUAGGGAAUUGUCAUCCAAAACGGAAAGUGAUUUGCAAGGACUUGUUCGAUUAGCACCCUCUGGGAUUUCAGACCUACAGGGUGGCAAUUCUCCCAACUAAGUCUUAAGGGAAAUGUAUGGAGAUCAGUCUGGAGAAUUUGUGGGUGGAUAUCGAGGUUUAAUACAAUUGGCUAUGUCUUUCUAAGCAUUGCGCUCAGCAUUGUGUGACCAAAUUCCAGGUGUUUGGAGAUCUAUAGGAUUUUACUUUAACCUGAAUCUGAGUUCUACCAUACAAAUUCAACUUUAAAGCAGUUUGGCCACGUAAGGACAUUGAUAUAUUAAACACUUUUACCUGAAAAUUUGAUUGACUCAUUCCUUGGGUGGGUGUUAGCAUAAGAGGUUCAGGUUGGGGGAUGUUUUGUCCCCCAAACAAACCUACUGUCCUGCGUUUCAGCUGUUUCAGCCCAUGUCGUUGGAGAGGACGAGGCUGUAAUGAAAGCAGCAAGUGCUAAGGACAUAGUGUUGAAGAUAUGGCACUCUAAGGACGGUCCAGUAUCAGACAAGCCGCCAGCCAGGGUAUGUUAUACUAGCCUGUUUUCUUUCACAUCACAUAGUAACUGGGUUUCACAAUACAUGUACAUACACUGUAAGUGUCAAGAUUCUUAG